AUUCCCAUCCGGCCACGGGGCCGCGGGCCGUCCCAGCCCCUCUCCCUGGACACAGGGCGCUAGGGGAGGCGGAGUGCCCGGGGCGGCCGCCGCCUAGGACAGGGCCCGGCGCGGGCUCAGGCGGGAGCCGGCAGGGGAUGCCCAGCGGCCCCGGCGGACUCCGCGACCCCGCGGGACCCCCGCCCCACGCCCCGCCCAGGAGUGCCCCUCGCGGCCCGCCCUCCCACUUCCUGGCCGGGGUCGGCCCCGCCCCGCGCGCCUCCGCCCUCCCACCCUCGCCUCCAGCCGCGGCUCCCAUUGGCCGGCGCGCACCUGCCCGUCCGUCGGGGGGCGGGGUGCAGGGCGGGGCUCGGCGCCCAGGUGAGGGCGCGCGGGCGGCGGCGGAGGAAGGUGACAGCGGGGAGGGCGGGAGGGUGGGGGGCGCACGCUCGGAGCCGGCCCGCGCGCGGACCGCCGGACGGACCGACCGACGGGCGGGCAUGCGAGAGGCCCGGCCGCAGCCAUGGAGCGGCGGCUGCGCGCGCUGGAGCGCCUGGCGCGGGGCGAGGCCGGCGGCGGCCCGGGGCUCGACGGCCUCCUGGACCUGCUGCUGGGGCUGCACCACGAGCUCAGCAGCGCCCCCCUGCGGCGGGAGCGCAACGUGGCGCAGUUCCUGAGCUGGGCCGGCCCCUUCGUGCAGAAGGUGAAGGAGCUGUGUCUGCAGAGAGAUGACUUUGAGAUCCUGAAGGUGAUCGGCCGAGGGGCCUUCGGGGAGGUCGCCGUGGUGAGGCAGAGGGACACCGGGCAGGUUUUCGCCAUGAAGAUGCUACACAAGUGGGAGAUGUUGAAGAGAGCCGAGACGGCCUGCUUCCGGGAGGAGCGAGACGUCCUGGUGAAGGGGGACAGCCGCUGGGUGACCGCUCUGCACUACGCCUUCCAGGACGAGGAGUACCUGUACCUGGUCAUGGACUACUACGCGGGCGGGGACCUCCUCACGCUGCUCAGCCGCUUCGAGGACCGCCUCCCGCCCGAGCUGGCGCAGUUCUACCUGGCAGAGAUGGUGCUGGCCAUCCACUCCCUGCAUCAGCUGGGCUACGUCCACAGGGAUGUGAAGCCGGACAACAUCCUGCUGGACCUGAACGGCCACAUCCGCCUGGCCGACUUCGGCUCCUGCCUACGGCUCAACGAGAGUGGCAUGGUGGACUCGUCCGUGGCAGUGGGAACGCCAGACUACAUCUCCCCCGAGAUCCUGCAGGCCAUGGAGGAGGGCACCGGCCACUAUGGGCCUCAGUGCGACUGGUGGUCGCUGGGGGUCUGCGCCUACGAGCUGCUCUUUGGGGAGACCCCCUUCUACGCUGAGUCCCUCGUGGAGACCUACGGCAAGAUCAUGAACCACGAGGACCACCUGCAGUUCCCGCCAGAUGUGCCCGACGUGCCCGCCAGCGCCCAGGACCUCAUCCGCCAGCUGCUGUGCCGCCAGGAGGAGCGGCUGGGCCGCGGCGGGCUGGACGACUUCCGGAACCAUCCCUUCUUCGAGGGCGUGGACUGGGAGCGGCUGGCCACCAGCACUGCUCCCUACAUCCCUGAGCUCCGUGGGCCCCUGGACACCUCCAACUUUGACGUGGACGACGACACGCUCAACCAUCCAGGGACUCUGCCACCGCCCACCCACGGGGCCUUCUCGGGCCAUCAUCUGCCAUUCGUGGGCUUCACCUACACCUUGGGCAGGCCCAGUCCUGAGAGUGCUGCCGAGCCGGCGAGCGCCGUGGAGCAGGACGUGGAGCUGAGCUGGAAGGACUCAGAGACGCUGAGGGACGGCAAGGCCCCCUUGUCCCCGCGGGACAGUGACCUGCAGCAGGAGAGGGACCAGCUGCGCCAGGACCUGGCUGAGGCCCGGGCAGCGCUGCAGGCGCAGGCACAGGAGCUGUGCCGAGCGCAGAGCCGGCAGGAGGAGCUGCUCCGCAGGCUGCAGGAGGCCCAGGACAGGGAGGCGGCCGCGGCCAGCGGGGCCCAGGCCCUGAGCGCCCAGCUGGAGGAAGCCCAGGGCGCCCGGAGAGAGCUGGAGGCCCGGGUGGCCACCCUGAGCCGGGAAGUGACGCAGCUCCAGGGACAGCACGAGCGAAGCCGUGACAAGGACACCUCCCAGGCCGAGUCCUCGCACACAGCCUCUGAGGCCAGCGGCUCGGGAGCGCCCCAGGGUGGGCCUGACGAGGCCCAGCUGCAGAGGGAGGCGGCGGCGCUGUGUGAGCACCCGGAGCAGGCCUGCGGCCUCGGGCCAGGCGGGAAGGAGGAGGCCCUGCGCCGGCUGCAGGAGGAGAA